AUGAAGCCUACUGCCUUUAUCUACUCUCUUCUCGCUGCCUCCGUCACAGCCGUUCCCUUGGAGACCCAGCCACCCAAGCAGGUGACGGUGGCUCUAUCGAACGACCAGAGCGGUGCAUACGCCGGCGUCGCCUUUGCAGCCGAUGGAACUGACAGGGGCAUUCCCGCGCUCUAUAAGGGCACUCCAGUGGACAAAGAGGGAAAUAUCCUGGCCUCGUCGGCCCAGCUCACGGCCUUUCCCCAGACCAUCAAAUGCGUCAUCAAGAACAACGGCGUCCCAAUUGCGACCCUGACUGCGCAGAAUACAUAUGCCAACCUGAACCCCAAGUCCGGCCCUGUCCCAGUGAACCUGAACAACGGGGUGAUUAACUGUAUUGCAUGA